AAAUGGACAGAAGCCAUGAAAUUAACGAGAUAAAAAAAAAGGGGGAGGAGCGGAAUCCUUGGAUGCAUGAAUGCGUGAUGCAUGCCAAGGAAAGGGAGAGUGCAGUGCUGUGCUUUGAUUAGCUUAUAUAUAUAAAAAAAGACGUGUCAAAUCCGCGUAAAAUAAACGCGUGAGAGGAGGAGUGGAUGAGACGAGUCGUUAUUGAUUAUUAAUAUCACCAACCUAAAGAAGUAGUACAUAUAUAGAAGGAGCCAUGGGAAGGUCUCAAUAGUUUGUUUCUGUCUUAAGAAAAGAAGUCUUCGAUCUCGAUCACAACACCGCAAUCUCAAUCGGCACAGUUUGUUAUUCUUCCCUGACAAAACAUGGGAGGUGGAAAAGAUAAGGACAAGAAUGGUGACGAGCAGGAAAAAGGUCUCUUUGGUCAUGGUUUUGGUCAUGGUGCUCCUGGAUAUCCUCCACAGCCUGGAGCAUAUCCCCCUCAAGGCUAUCCUCCUCAAGGUUAUCCACCCCAAGGGUAUCCCCCACAGGGCUACCCUCCCGCUGGGUACCCUCCCGGUGCAUACCCACCAUCUGGUUAUCCUCCUGGCCCAUCUGCUCCCCACCAACCAGGACAUAGUGGUGGGGGCCUUGGGGGCCUGCUUGCUGGGGGGGCUGCUGCUGCUGCAGCCGCUUAUGGUGCCCAUGCGCUUCAAGGUGUAGGCCGUGGUGGUUACGGCGGAGGCCAUGGUGGUUACGGCGGAGGCGGUUACGGAGGGGGCCAUGGUGGUUACGGAGGGGGCCAUGGUGGUUACGGCGGGGGCUAUGGUGGUGGUUAUGGUGGUGGUCAUGGAAAAUUCAAGCACGGCGGCAAGCACGGCGGUGGAAAAUUCAAGCGUGGGAAGUUUGGGAAGAAGCACGGAGGAGGGAAAUUUAAGAAGUGGAAGUGAUCAUCCUGCAUGUCAACUGGAUUUAGUCUUGAUUGGCUACGCAUUAGCAGAUUCUGGUUUCUUUGAAUAAAUCUUACUUUUUACCAUCUCCAGCUAACCUUUUUAGCUGACUUUGAUGAUUACAUUGCUGGUCCAACAUAAACAUAAUAUAUAUAUAUGUUUGAUUUGUGCUUCCAAUACAUAUGUUGUACACCUAUACUGUUCAUAGGUAGCCCAUCAUCGAUCACAGUUCCUUGUCACGGGGCCAUUAUGUGAGUUCUUCACCUUGGGUUUUGUUGGCAGGCAAAUUAACCUGCGUUUGCUGCUGCUGCUGCGGUUAGGGUUUUCCAGAUUGUUGAUUGUAAUAGAAAAGCCUUUUGUUCUGCUUUCCUCCCUCAAUUGUCACUCAGGAAUGAUUCGUGUCUUGUUUAAUUUACCAAUAGGAAGGAACUUAACAGAGUUUGAUGGCUUUUUCUUUCA